UAUUUAUUAAUUAUAAAAAAAGAAAAAAUAAUGCCCAAAAUAAUAAUUGAUAAAUCUCUAUUUUUUGGCCGAAACUGCCUAGAGGCAUUUUUUGUUUUAUUAUUUCAGAAAACUCAAGUGCGAAUCGCCUCUACUGAAGAAGAGGUCCUCAAAACGGCGUAAGAAACCGCUGAAACGCUCCUCUUCUCGUCUUUCCGCUCUUCCCCCCCCCCCCCCUCUCUCUCUCUGGUGUGGCUCUUGGUUUCGUCGAAAGGUAUAGUGCUGUGUCAACGAGUGAAUGGUUGUAUUUGUUGAUGCAUUCGGUGGUUAUGUUGGUGUAAGAAUCUAAGAACUGCUGCUACUUCACGAUGGGUGCUGCUUGUUGUGUUGCUUCCAGAGACAAAACUAUACAAAGUGGAUCAACCAGUGACAUUUUGCACCGAAAUGUUCGGUGUUCUCCAACAUGGAGCUUUCGGUGGGAUCACCGAGGGCGUGUAGCUGGUGAAGAUAUUUCUAUAAAUUGGUUUUCUGAUGGUAUUAGCAGAAAUGAUGGAUCGGAGAAUAAAAAUGAAUCAGCGUAUGUGUCAGAGGACGGCAGUCCAUUGCAGAAUUAUCAACGGAAAAGAUUUCAACAGUCUCCAAUUUCGGAAGCAACUGCUGUACGUGGGAGAAAUUCAACAUCAGACCAAUCUUUUUCGGGGACUGUUUCUACGGAUAUGAGUGUGGAACAGGUGAAUGGGCUGGUGGAAUCAUCAACAAUAUCUUGUCCAUCUCCCACAAAACCAUCACUGCCUUCAACAUCUCUAUCAACAUCUCCUCUAGCAUCCCAAUGUCACAUACCUCCAUCAAACUUGACCCCUGUAAGGUGGCCCUGCCAUUCCCCAGGAUAUCAGUUAUCACAGCAAGCUUCUGAUAGCCGAAUUCCAGCAGUCAAGUCAUCGAGCAGCUUCUCUCUAUCUGAAGAAAGGCCAGUAUUUCCUUCAUGGAACAAUGACGUGGGUAUGCGCUCCCACGGUGGAUCUUCAGAUGGUUGGUCUAUACCUGGUUUUUCUGAGCUGAUGGGAACUCCUCACAAAGAAAGGUGGUCAUUUGAUAGUGAGUCCUUUGGUUUUAACCGUGAAAGAUUAGUUAGAUCCAGUAGUUGGUUUUCAGCUUCAUCAGUUGAUUUGCAAUCAUGUGGAAUUUGCUCUAAACUUUUAGCGGAGAAGUCUUCUUGGAGCACUCAAAAGAUAAUUGCGAGUAAUGAUCUUUCUGUAGUUUCUGUACUUAUCUGCGGACAUGUCUAUCACGCUGAAUGUUUGGAGAGAAUGACAUCUGAUAUCAAUAAGUAUGAUCCAGCUUGUCCAGUUUGCACUUUCGGUGAAAAACAAACUAUGAAGUUGUCUGCAAAGGCCCUGAAAGCUGAAAUGGAUUUGAAGGCUAGAAACAAUAAAUCAAAGAAUCGGAUUGUGGACAGUGAUAUUGACGAUGAUUCUGUUGUGUUUGAUGGCUUUAAAGGUAAAUGUCCUAGGAAUGACUCCAGUUCCAGCAGGAGAAGCUCCUUUGGGAAACCUUUUUUGCGGCGACACUUCUCCUUUGGAUCAAAGGGUCCCAGAUCCAUGUUAGAUAAUCACCCUACAAGAAAGAAGGGUUUCUUUUGGGCCAAAUCUAGCAAGGAAUAAGGUGCUUCUUGGUUGUUGGGAGCAGGUUCCACUGUUGAUCAUCUGUUCAUCCUCUAAAGGUUUGGGAAAGAACAAGAUGCAAUUCAUGCUCUGGGAUUGCGUCUGUAUCCACUAAUCUGUAACAAGACAUACAGAAGUAUCAGAGGAAGAUGAAACAUACAAACGUAAAAAAUAGUGUUUGGAGACCAAGGGUCUUUCUGCAUUGUGUACAGGUUGAUUUGUUUAUUGCAUGGAUAUAAUUCUUAUAUCCAAAUGAUGUUCUGUUGUCCAUGGUUCUGCUUAUAUGUAUGCAAAACAUUAGCCCUUCGGCGUUUCUGAAGUUGGGCAAUGAUUUUCACAGAUUGAUAGGCAAUACUAAAUAGCUGGAUCGUCCUUAGUUGGUUGCUUUUAAUGAAAGAGCAGUUUCAGGAUAGCCUAUUAUCGAAUUAGUGCUUUUUGUAGUUAGCGAAUCGAAUCGUAUGUAUACAUUAUUCUGAUGUUUUGGCUUUAAUGAAAGAAUGUUUCAGCAUA